AAGGAAGAGAAGAAAAAAAGGCAGUGUAGGAUACUUUGAUUUCUCUUCUUCCUUCUUUCAUUGCUGCAUUUUCUAGACUGUAGAGAGAGAGAGAGAGAGAGAGAGAGAGAGAGAGAAUGUAUGCAGAGGCGGGGCUUCUAUUUCCCUACUUUCAGAGCUUCUCCCAUGAAGUACAACACCUGGAAGAGUUCUGCCGCAUCCAGAAAACCAAUGCGAGGAGCAACCUAGUUCAGACCUCCACCGUUUCAGAGUAUGACCUGGGAGGGGAAGGAGAUCUGUUCAAAGCUCCGGAGCCCAUCAUAGAAGAACCCGAAGUGGGGCUUGAGUCGCUUGACCCCAUGACUGUUGCCAUUUCCAUGAUUUCCAGUGGCGAAGAUGUUAUCUCCCCAGAGACGAUGAAGGUUACAGGCAUUGAAUCAAUUCAAAGCAACCAUCUGUUAAGUGAGGUCUUCUAUGAGUGCAAGAAUGACCUUCUACGGAAAUCUACCUUCGAAGAAUCUUUUCCUGAGGUUUCAGAUGUGAAGGUUCCUGCUAUACAGAUGGAGGAGGAUUUGACUGCGGGUUUGACCUCUAAUGGGCCAAUGCAGAAAAGUAUUAGCUCUGGGUCUUUGAACUCAAUGAGACCGAGCUUUCUGGAUUUCCAGACAAUUGAUUUGGGAGCUGCUUUUGGGAUGAGGAGGGCAUUUAGUGAGGGUGAUAUUCAGACCCUUGGUAACCAUAACACAAGCCUCAUCCAUUCUCGCUUUGCUCGGGUGUUAGCCAUCAGCAAUUACCCAACUGAAGAACGCAAGCAGAAACUUUCUAGAUACAGAAAGAAGAAGACCAAGAGAAAUUUUGGCAGGAAAAUCAAGUAUGCUUGCAGGAAAGCAUUAGCUGACAAUCAACCUAGGGUUCGAGGGAGGUUUGCAAAAACUGAAGAUGCUGACAUCCUGUCCAAGUAGAACAAAUGUAAAUAUUUCACUUGAAAAGAAAAGGUAGGUUAUGAAGGCCGUAGUAAUAUGUUUGUGGGAGAAGUCACAAUUGUAAAAUCACUCUCUAAGACUUGGUAGGAGGAUAUCAGGUAUUUGCUAUAAGCCAAGAAACUGCUCUGUUGUAAUAAAUCUUCCUCUCCAUCUUUAGAUGGAAUGUAAAGUUAUGGUGUAAAAAAAGUAACGGUACCCAUAAAUGGGAGCUUGAAAAUCAUGUUGGCGUUA